CAGGCGCUAUGCAUGACAGCGCAGCGCAGUGCAGUGCUAGUGUACACAUCAUGGCGUCGUUACUAACGAAAACAGUCUGCUUUUGCAGUGGACGUGCGGCAUGAGAAUCAGCCUUUGUACAGCGACUGGAAAUCAUGUUUGUUGUAACAGCGGACGUAACAGCUAGUAGUAGUAGCCAGUGAUACAUAGAAGUGCCAGAAACGUUCACUAUGGGCGACUUUGUAAAGGCAACCCAGGACACUCUGGGAAAGUUAAUUAAAAAGCCACCACUCACCGAGAAAUUACUGAGGAAACCGCCGUUCAGAUUUAUACAUGAUAUAAUCACAGAGGUUAUCAGAACAACAGGCUUUAUGAAAGGACUUUACUCGGCAACAGAAAUGGAUUCGCAAAAUGUGAAGGACAAGGAGAAUAAAAUAGCAUUUUUACAGAAGACAAUUGAUGUUGUUGCUCUUGUACAUAAGAAGCCUUUGUCAGUAAAACCAUCUAAGAUUGUAGCUGGUCACGAGCCAGAAAGAACCAAUGAACUACUGCAGCAGAUAGCAAGUGCAAUAUCAAAUAAGUUGGAUAGCUCAGAUGCAGUUGCUCAGGUGCUAGGAGGCACGAGGAAUGAAUCUGAAUCCAGUAAACCCCCAAGACCAGCAAAGGAAGAUGAGAAAAUAAGAGACUCCAGUGCCGACAAGAAGAGAAGGGACAAAGAGAACAGACAGGAAAAGAAAAGCAGCUCAGACAAUCGAGACAGAAGUUCCAGUCGGGACCGAGAAAAGGGCCGAGACAAAGAGCAGAAAGAACGAGACCGAAGCAAAGACCGAGACCGCCACCGAGACAGGAGCAAAGACAAAGAAAGGGACAAGGAUCGAGAACGAGAUCGUAGCAAGGACAAAGAGAGGAAAGGACGAGAUAAGGAGAAAGAGAAAGAACGAGAUAAGGAACGGGACCGGGAAAAAGAAAGAGAGAAAGAUCGAGACAGGGAGAGAAGCAAGGAUAAGGAUCGAGACAGAGACAAAGAAAGAGAUCGGGAACGAAGGGAAAGAAGGAAGCGUAAAGAAGAAGAAGAAACUACCCGUCAUCAGCGACAGAAUGGUCAUCAGGAAGAUGAAGAGAGUGAUGACACGGUCGAGGAUGCUAAGCCAGCACCUUUUGAGUCUGAAGAUGGAGCAUCAACAAAUCGUAUCCCACGUCCAACGUCGGCUAAGGGGCAGCGUCGUCGACCUUUGCAAGGCAGUGAUGACUCUGAAGGUGAGGAAGACAAUGACGGCCAGAAGGUUGGGCAAGAAGAAAGAAAUGACAUGGUGAAUGGUAGCGAUUCCCUACCGCCUCAGGUACAAGCCAGUCGUAAGAUGGCUAGACCGAGCAGUGCAAGACCAGCGCCUCCAAGAGUAAAGAAACAAGAUGCAACUGAGGAUCCUGCCAUGAGGAUUGGUAGUGGGAAGCAAGUCAGCAAUGUCAUCGUUGAUAAUGGUCAGAAUUCUGAAGAUGAAGAUGACACAUUUGUAGUAGAGGAAUCGCAACCGGUAGCCAUUGAAGAACCUCAGGUAAUGGGCAGUGAAUCCUUGGAGGAUGAUGGUGAACAUGGAGGGCUGGUCAAGAAGAUUCUAGAAACUAAGAAGGAACUGGAAGGCAACAAAGCAGGAGACAAAAAAGAUGAUAAACCCAUUGUCAUUGAUGCGGCCCGCCGCAAGGAGCGUGAACGCGUCCAGCGAGAGGUAGAGAAAUUGACCUCAGCCAUUCAGACGUUGACACGAAGUGCCAACCCGCUGGGCAAGAUUAUGGACUAUCUUCAGGAGGAUGUGGACAGCAUGCAGAAGGAGCUGGAAAUGUGGAAGAAGGAGAAUCAGGAACACAAACUGGCCAUCAAGAGGGAACAAGGCAUCACUGACACAGAGCUGGAACCCCUGAAAACUCAGCUGACAGAAUUGGACCAAGGCAUCCAGGAUCAGUUGGAUACUAUUGCAACAAUCAAAUCCAACCUUCUCCGGGGUGAUGAGAAAAUUGCCAAAAUGGUGAGCACGGUUGCUAUUUCCUGAAGUCCAACUUGGGUUUUCAAUUAUGGCUAACUUCUGUAGAUUUGUUUCCCAAGAAUACCUCUCUGUCCAAUUUCCUUUCUGAAGCCAUGUCUUUCCUUGCUUGGAAAUCACUUAAGCUGGACCCUGAAACCGUGAAUGUGUUGGUUUGGGCACAUAACAUCACGAGCAUUUUGUUCCCACUGUUGGAUUCUGUUGGAUUAUUCAGGUUUCACACUGUGAUCACUUAAUAGCCUUUAAACAUAGUUGGAUAUAAUAAUUAUACUCAGUGAAACAAAAUGGUUGUUUUUGGUCUGCUUAAUUUUUUAGUUCACACAGUAUCUUAUUCAAUUUGUUGCACCUUUGGUCACUGGGUAUUAUGCGUCUCUGUUCCUGAGCACUUUUGCACAAGCUCUAGCACAAGCACCAAAACAAUGCUGCUAUUUACCAUACGGCCCAAGAACCAGCCCUCAGAGUACAUCACAAGCACACCACAAGUCAAUCCAAAAUCCUCUAGUAUCGAGUCAUAUUAAGCAAUUGUAAUGCAUCGUUACAUUUCUUGUCCUUGUUCAGCCCGGCUUAUCUCUUGCCGUACUUGUGAUUUGACUUGUGAUUUGGGUCGUUAUGGAUGGGAUUAAAAAUCUUUCUGCCAAAAUUAUCAUUGCUGUUCAAGAUAAACUUUUAUCAAAGUAAACUUUUCAAAAAAAUCUGGGAAUGUGCACACUUUCAAAUUUGCAGAAAGAGUGAAGGUCUAUUUUUGGCUUGUGCUACUUUUCCUACCCCUCAAAAGAAAGUGUCAUCUGAAGUAAUUUAAUGGAGUACUUGGUGAGAAGAGAAGUAUUGUUUAGUUGUAAACAAAAUGUGAGAAACCGAAGAAAGAAUUUGCAUGAAACGUUCCCUUAAAAAAUCAAUUUCUUUGCUACUUUGUAUAAAAAACCAUUAAUUUCCUGUCUGUUUCUACUAUCCUUGUUAAAUCAGUAGUAUAUUGAGGUUUUUUUCAAAAGUUAUGGGGGAAAAAAUGAAUUUACUUCAGAUGUGGACGUUGUGUUCUGUACUUUGUUCAGUUACAUUGUCAACAAAGUUUUUACUUAAAACGAAAAAAGUUUCUUACAAUUCCUGCUCAUUUUUUGUACAAGUUGGACAUGUAAGUUUUUUAAGAUAUAAAGAGUUUCUAUAUUAUGUUUUCUUUGUAUGUUUAACAUUCAAUAUUUGUUAUAUUUUGUUCUGCUCUAAAACAUUUUCAAUUACCUGUGGGAUAAUUUUCAGAUCACUCAUAAUUGGAUGAAAAUAUAUUUUAGGAAUAGGAAUCUUCAGACUUGGAUGUCAUCAAAAAUGCAACUUUGACAUGGUGUAAAAAUUCCACAUCUGUCUGUGGAUAGAUCUGAUGCUGGAAUCAAACUUUGAAAAUACAUGUACCUUUUGUCAAAGAAACUAGGAAAUGCUUGGGCAGCUUAAUCAUUGUUGGAAUUGAUUAACAGUCUAUACUGAGAGUCACAGUUCUAUACAAAAUCACCUCCACAUUUUGCUACAAGUAUAAAUUGAUCAACUUUUAAUAGAAUUCAGUCAUGAGCCAGAGUAGUGAAUCUGGAGGUCAUUAAGUCAGGGGAAUACUCUUACACCCUUCUUUUUCGUUCUGAAUGUGCAUUUUCAUAGAUCAACAGAUUUAGCUUGCUCUCGUAUCACAUGAGGUUUGAAAUUCUCCUUUUACCGGAUGUAUUUUUUUCUCCAUUAUUUUGUUGCAUUGCUGUUUUGUAUUUUAAUUGUUUUAUUUAUUCUGUUUUUAAUAUCACCUUUGUACAUUUCCUUAAAUAAUCACAGGAUAUGGCAAAAUCAAAAUUUAAAGAUAGCAGUUAUAAAUAUUAUGAUUCAAAUCCUGAUUUUGUUGUGGUUAAAUGACUGAAGUGUUUGACAGAUGCAUUACUUUGUUCAACAAGUAUUUGCUUUUUUUCAGAUGUUGUUUGUACAUUUCAAAAACGAAUAUCCAUUUGUUAUUUACUGAAAAUGUGAAGUUGAUUGCUUCGUGAACUGUAUAUUAGUAGAAAGAGUGUUCUGUUGUAAAGUUUUCCAAUUUGCAAUCUGACCUUACACUGGAUAGGAUUAAGGUUUGUCUGUGUAAAUGUAAAGACAGACCUCAAACUCUGAAGUUGAAGGUCAGGUGUAUUUAUAGCAUAGAUAAGUCAGUAGUUAUGUACUUAAUUAGUUGGUGGGGGAGAUAUUUAUGGAACUUUGAUGUCCACGACCACCUGCAUGCAUGGAGGUAGUGUAGAUGAAUUGUUUGCCAUAGUGCGUCAUUGCUUACUUUAUUUUUGAACUGAUGUCUGGAUUAUUAAUAAAACCUGCACACAUCUAACAUAUAACUUCAUGAUUAUAGCCCCUGCUUGUUAUAGAUGUAUCAAAAAGCAAGGAAACAGCCCACUUCAGCUUGCUUCCUGGUAUUAUUAUUAUUAUUUAUUCGGCCAAGAUUUGCAACAAACAUAUAACAAUGCAGAGAAUAAUAUGACAAUGUAACUCUACAGGAGACAAGUAGUACAAGUAUAAAGAAGUCAUGAAACAAUACAAACAAGUGUAAACAAAAGCAAGGAGGUACUUAAUAAAGGCAGAAAUGAUAAAAAGGCAAGGUUGUUGUUUCAAAAUAAGACAAAACAAUAACAGAACAAAACCCAAAUUAAGAUGGCCAGGAUCUUAAAAGGGAACACUGAAAUUAAUAUAAAAUCUGUUAACAGAGCAGUAGUUAAUAAAACAACAUACAUUUAUAAGAACAUAAAAAUACAAAAUUAGCAAAUGGCAAGUUUGUAAAUAACCACUUAACAGUGUGGAACAAAAAAGGUCUACUGCAGCUCAAUGCUGGUGUUUCAUUGAAGGAAUUUUUAACGCUGAUCGGAUCCCAGAGGGGCUUACCCCUAUGACUCUCUGUCACUUGUGAAGUUAGCUUUAGUCUCACCUUGGGCCAAAAGUGGUUAAAAUAGCAAUUGCCAAGUUAGAGUAAUACCAAUGAAUGGGCUAAUUCCGGCCUAUUGUGUAGGCCACAUGCACGAAAACCUCCAUGAGUAGCCAUUCUGAAUUGAUUGAAUAAAAUUGUGUGCACCCUGGGACCAGCUUUUCUAGGCAUUCCAUGCCUUGUUUUUGACCAUACGUAUCAGUUGUCCGUCAUUGGCAAAAUUGUAGAGUACAUUUGUAAACGUAGGGCUCUUUAGCAUGGGAAUUUUCGAAACCAAAGGUAUGCGCAGAUUUUCAAUCUUAGAAUCAGUUUAAGUUGUUGUGCACAGGAGAAUAUUGUGUCAUUUUCAAUUCAGUGAUAAUAUCAAUAUUAUGGAUUUUACGACACGUUUUCAAAAUAUAAUGUGUUUUAUGAUUUAUCGAUUUUACAUACAUGUGUCAAAUAGAAUAAUGUAACCUAGCAGUUCAGCGUACGUAUCUACGCUUCUUGUAGGGAUGCCUCCUAUACAUGACUGUACAGGAUCAACAUUAGUUGCGAUUAAAUUUCCAGUAUGACUCGCCACGUUCAAGUUUGUUUUCGUAAGUUAACUUUUGUCAUUAGUUCACUGCCUUUACACCUUAUCACGCCAAGUUAUCCACAAAAAUCCAUUUUGAGUGCUUUUAAUUCCGCCUGGGAUUUCGUACUAAAAAAAAAUUAUUAAGGGCCAUACAUACAUGUUUAUGCAUAUGGCAUUGAGUUUCUUUUAUUGUGUGUUUACCGAAUAUCAAUGUAUGUAUAGUGUACUUCCUCCAAUUGUGUAGCCCAAAUAAAGUGCACUUUGAAAGUACGGAAAUUAA